GAUGCCGGCCGGAUUAUUUCAUAUUUGUAUAGUUAAAGAUGCUUCUUGAUGUGUUGUGAUUGUCUCUUUGUAGAUAGUGUUGUUUUAUUGUGUUUUUAGGUCCAUUUUGUAUUCCUCUUAUUGUUUAUUUAGAUAUUCAUUCACAAAGACACGUCUCAAUUUAUUUAUUUCCUAAGAGUAUAAUGUAAUACGCAAAAUAACUUUAUAAUUGUUUGUAUCUUAUGUACAUACGUUGCCCCAACACCAACACUUCAAAAGAACAUUUUUUCAAACCUAUAUUAAUACCAGGCACCAGUUUGUUAUUAUAAUAAUGGCGGGUAGGCCAUACUCUAAUAGUGAAAUGAAAAAAAUUGUUGACUAUCUAGUUGAACACAAAGCAUAUGGUCAGCUAAGAGGACGGAAGAUGUGGGUGGAAUUUGCCGACUCAAAAAGAGUCAAUCGAACUUGGCAAAGUUUAAAGGAAGUCUUCUUAAAGAGAAUACUAAAUAAUAUACAGGAUCCCUACUUUAAAUUGACUACGUACCAGAUUGCCAGUUUCAAAAGGGGCUACGAUGUACAAGCAAAGAUCAGUGAUAGGUUACAUUAUGUAAAUGUUGACACAGAUAUUGAUGAGAACACAGGUGAGAAUGUAGACAAAGAAACUAGUAAUGGACAUAAUAAUGAUAAUGCAAGUACUGUAGCGGAUCAUAGAACAUCAACAGAAACACUUGUUCUUGAUAAUUCUUGUGAUUGCGUAGAAGACUUACCAAGGGCUCUGGAAGAAUAUGAAGGUGAGGAUUCAUUGCAAAUGAAUACAAAUAAGGCACAAAAAUCGGAUGAAACAUCCACCAAGUCUAAAGGUCAAGCACUAGUACAGUCAGUUAUUGAGGAUUUUCAUUCAGAUGAUGAAGGUAGCAAUAUUGAAUCUAAUAAAGAGCAAAACAGUAAUAAUAUUAAUGCAAAUGAAGCUUCUGACUUGAUAACCUCAAAUAAUUUAAAAGUAACCCCAAAUAUUGCAAACAUUGGAGAAAAUAUUGACAAUAUAGAUGUUAUUACUAAGGAAAUUACAACCACAAUUUUAAACACUAAUAAGAACCAAAUUGUUUUGGAUGGAUCAAAUUCUGAUGAAAGUAAUGCCGAAGGCGAUGAUAAUAUGGCAAGGACAGAUAAUCAUUCUAAUUUGACAAAUGAAACUUCACUCCCAAAUAAUCCUGAAGGAUUUCAUAAAUAUAAGAGCAAAACGAAUGAUGGCGAGAACAAUAAGACAAAGGUAGAUUCUGUAAAAAAAAAUGAUAGAAAAAGGAGGGCUUGUUCACAAGAUGUGUUCAUUACCAAUAGCAGAAAGAUUACAAGUCAAUUGUCUAUGUCUGAUAGUAAUUUAAAUAAAAAAGCAAAAAUAAUGGAAGGUGGAAUCAAAUUUGAUAUCUUACCAAACAAAACUGUAAGCAAUAGUGAUAUUAUCAGGAAUGAUGUUGAAGUAAUAAACCCAGCUUCCAAAGGACAAGUUGAAAAUAACAGCACCACAAAAAAAAAUAUGCCUGAAAUCGAAAACCCUUGCCUAAGGAGUAUUAGCUUAUAUGAUGAACAAUUAGCGUGCACCUCAUCUAAUUAUGAAGAAUGUAACAGAGGUAAGAAUGUGCGGCAAAAGGAUCAGGCUACCAAUGCUUCGGAAGUUAAAGAAAAGAAAGUCCAAGUGUCAGAGAAAAAAGUUAUAACAACACCUGAAGUGAAACCCUCCACAAGUAAUGUAGAAACAAGAAAAAAAGAAACUCCUUUUAAGGAGUUAGAGAGAAUGCGUAAAGACAAGGCCUUGGCAAAUGUUUUUGGUUUUACAAGUGAUGAAUUGAUUGGUAAACGAAAAAGACGCAAUAAUAACAGAAAAUAUGCCACUAGAAUAAUCGAUAUUUCGUCGGACUCGAGUGGAAACAGCACAGAAGAUGAAGAUGACUCCUCAUCCCGGGGUAGAUCGAACAGGCCAUCGAAAAGAUAUAUAAAACCGAAGUUGGCUAGAAAAAUGACCCGGGACGACGAUGGUUUAUUCCUGGUCCGGGAUAAAAAAAAAGGAGGCAAAUCUUCGAAGACAAACGGGUCUAACGAAGAAGCAGAGUCGCGCAGUUCAUACUGGAUGUUGAAAUAUGUGGAGGAGAAGAAGAAAGCGGACGAGCUUGCAAAAGUGGUGAAAGAUUUGCAAAGAGGAAGUUGCAAUACUGACGCUCGUGCUACUACUUCAUCUUAUACAAGACCUUCUACAGUACAAGGCCGAGUUUCAAAUGACAAUGACCACCGAUUCGAUGUACCGAAUGUUCCGGAGCCCAAAUGCUCAAGCCCUGCUGAGGAGAUACAACCUGUUAAGAUGAUCUUUAAGAAUGGGGGCGUGGAAGUUGUUGGUCCAUGGACAAUUUUGAAUCCUCUUUUUGACCAAUAUAUGAAAAAGCUCAAAGAAGACAGAGAUACAGAGAAUAAAAAAGAAGAGCAAAGGGCCAGCGGUGAGAAUGAGGCUGUCAUAACCAUCGGGAACACUUCCAGACAAAAUGAAGUAGCAGGUGACAGAUCGAAAAUACUAGAAGAUGAAAUAUUUAAAGAGAUACAGAUAAGAGACAGUGAAGACACUGAUGACACUGAUGAGACUGAAAUAGGACAACAAGUUAAAGGACACAUUGAAGAACAAAAACAGCGUGAACGAGACAUUGAAGAAGAACAACAGGGUAAAGGGGCCAUUGAGGAACAACAGCAGGGUAAAGAACGCAUUGAAGAACAACAACAGGGUAAUGGGGACAUUGAAGAACAACAGCAGGGUACAGGGGACAUUGAACAACAGCAGGGUAAAGGGGACAUUGAAGAACAACAACAGGCUAAAGAGGACAUUGAACAACAACAACAGCAGAGUAAAGGCAAACAGAGAAAAUCAACGAAGGCACGAAAGAACUCGGAACAAAGCACGCCAUUAAUUCGGAAGAAAAAUAAAUUAUCAAUUGAAAAACAAGCGGAGCCAGAUACAAGCAAUGCUACACCUAAAAGAAAAUCUACUCGGGCUUCAGGAAAAAUUGCCAACGAAAAUACAAAAGCGAGUCUGGACAAUGUAACCAUACGGAAGAAUACACGCAGAUCGAAUAGUGUGAGCAGUACGAACGUAGAGGAGGAUGAGACGGAGAUACGUUACAAGUUUCCCUCCCCGCCCCCCGACACCCGCCGGCAACGCACAAACAACAGCAGCACAAUUUCACAAGGAGUACAGACUUCUCUCGAAAAUUUAUCAAUAAAUGAAGAAUCGACGCAGGGUUACUUAGAUACUGACACAAGUCCAAUUAUAACACAACGGAAGAAAAAGAGAGCUAAAACCAUAUCACGCAAAGUGGAUACCCAUUACCGUUUGCGCAAAAGAUGUAAAUCGCCGGCUGAGAGUUCGAGUGAUUCUAAUUUAUCCUAUUUCACCGCCCGCCCUCCUCAUAGGGCUGAUUCACACUCUAGCUUGAGUAGUCGCAUUUAUAAAUCUGAAUCUUAUCAACAACUCAUGCCUACAAAAUCUAGCUCGCCACGUCGCCUGGAUCAGAUUGUUGAAUGUGAAAAUGAUUUUUAUGCUAUAGAGAAUUCUAUAGAGUGUACUGAAAUAAAUUGUAAUACUAAAGAGGGCUCUAGUAACAUUUCCUUGCCAACAUCCCCAGUGUUGUCCGUUGUUGAAAAUAUAUCGAUAUCGAGAAGCUUAAUUGAUGAUAAUAAUUUAAAUGAAUCUUCAGUGAAGGAAACUGAUACAGUUAUUUUAAACCAAUUGAUGUCUUGUGGGGAUGAUGUAUCUAUGCCCCUAAUGGAACAAAAUUUAGAACUUGAUAGAAGGUCCGAAAAUGGAUCACAAUCGAACUAUACCAUAAAUAUGGCAGAAAACUCGGUAUCCGAUAGUUUUUUGAAUAAAAUAUGUAGUGUGCAAUUAGAGGAUCUUAAAUUUUCCGAAUCGAUUAGUGCUAAACUUCGAGAUUUAUUACUAGAAAGUGCAAAGAAGCUGGUUACGGAAAUAAAAACUAACAAAGACAAAGAAAACACUGAGUCAAAGUUUCAAGUAAGUAAUUUCAUUCCCGAGAAGAAGAGGAAGCGAUCGUCUACGCCACGACGAAGUGAACGUAUUAGCAACCCGAUCUCCACUGACGCAGUCGUCGAAAAAGAACACAGAGAGUCGUGUUCCAAAUUAAAUAGAGAAUCUUGUCCUCCAGUAAUAUGUGUUCGAGAUAAUUUUGAUAAAGAAAUACCUCCAGAUAUAACUGAGACACCUGCAAGAAAAAAUGGCAGAGGACGAAAGAAAAAAGAUAUUAUAAAAGUUAAAAUUACAAGGCCUAGAAGUGCUGAUAGCUUAAAAAAAAUAUCUGAUGACUUAUACCCUACUCAUUUUGAAAAUAAUACUCCCAAAGAUGAUAUCUUUACAAAUAAUGAUACUGAAUCAGGCAUAUUUUUACAAGGGCUUAACGAUAGUAUGGAUCUUGUUCAUAACCAUUCAGAAACAUGUUUACAGGAUCAUGAAUGUAUUGAUAGUGUUGAAGCCGUAAGUAAUCCUGCCAUCCCAACAGUAUUAAUUGAUUCGGAGUCAUUUACAUCGGAUGUGUUGCAAAAUGACUCUAAAAUUAAUGAUGAUUUAAUGGGACUAGAGUUUUUGGGAUCUAAUGCUCAAGACGGAACUGAUUAUAUGGAAGCUUUUAAGUGUUCUGUCUCUACAACAACUGUACAACAUGAAGUGGCAGCAGGGAACCACACCCCAAAUAGCAUUAUAACAGAAGAUCUUACAGGCGAUAGCACUCCAAAAUCCUGCAAAUGGUAUCUACUAUCGGAAGAUGAAACGAAGACAGACUUCCAAGUUUUGCCAAAUUAUGUAGAAACUAGCCCUAGUUAUGGUGCAGAUUUGAACCAGAUAUUUCCACUGACCUGUGCUAUCCCAAAUCUCUCGACUAUCACAGAAAUGUCGAAAGACAAUGAAGAUACCAGCCCAAAUAUAUUGACCCAUUUUGCAAUUCCAAAUUAAUGAUAUUCCUCGUAGUAAUAUAAUAAUUAGUGAUUUAGUAAUGAUUAAUUGUAACAGCGUUGAACGCAUUUAAAUAAAUGAUUUUUUGCUUUUAUGAAAA